AUGGCGUGUUUCCGUGGCAACCGGGAAGAUUUCUAUGGAGAAGUGCUCCUAUUGGACGAGAGGAAGCUCUGCCUGACGUCAGAGCAGGGCAUCAAAAAGUCUUCCAAGGCGGUGGCCAUCUUGCGGCUCGUGUUUUUUCACCUAAAAAUCUCACAAGUCGAAUUCUUCGGUUUGAGAUUCUGCGACAGAAACCAGCAGACGAACUGGUUGGAUCCUCAGAAAGCUCUCUCUCAGCAUCGAGACCUCGUCGGACCGCCGUACAUUUUCUAUUUCGGGGUGAAGUUUUACGCUCAGGAUCCGUCGGAGCUGGAGGACGAAGCUACGCUGUGUCAGUUUUACCUGCAGGUGCGUCAGGACGUCCAUCAUGGCCGCCUCCCCUGCCCCCCCUCCCUGAAGCCCCGCCUCUCCGCCCUGAUGCUGCUCGUGGAUGGAGGAGAGCGCAGCGACGUAGAGCCGACUGAGGAAAUAAAGACCCUGUGUGAAACCCUCAGCGGUGUUUCCGGUCCCCAGGCGCAGCGCCACUUCCUGUCCCUCUGCAGCUCUCUGGAGACCUUCGGAGUCUCUCUGUUCCCCGUCUACGGUGAGGGGGGGACAGAGUACUUCCUGGGUCCCACGCCGGCUGCUGUACUGGUUUACAGGAGCCGAGAGCUGCUGGGGAAAUAUCUCUGGCAGAACAUCUCUAAACUUCAUUUCAAAGACGAAACCUUCGAACUCAGAGUCGCUAAAAACGGCUCAGAGACAUCCUUCUUCUUCCACACAUUGAAUCGAUCUGACUGUAAACGUCUGUGGAGAUGUUGUGUUGAACAUCAUGCCUUCUUCAGGUACACACACACACACACACACACACACACACACAGAAGUGUCUCUCGCUCGCCCGCUCUCCCUCGGCUGAACGUGGGCUUGUUGAGAAACAGAACAACCAGGAAACACACCAAUCAGAGGGCGGGUCUCACACACGGACCAAUAGAGACGCAGACAGCGCCCCCUGCGGUUCAGAGGUCAGAGGUCGGGACCCAGCAGGAGCACCUGAAGCCCAGUGCACCAUGGGAAAACAGCGGCCCCAAAGAG